GAGCAAUUAGGACUUUGUCAUGCCAUGAAAUAUCUUUUUCCACAUAUAAUUCCCUAAGAGUGCCAAACUCUGCCCAUUCAAACAUCAUCACUUGAUUCCCGUCAACCUUGGAAAUACCAUAAAAUUUGAGAAUAUUUGUGGAGUCCUUUAAUUUACUCAAGAUAACUAGUUGGGCUUGUAUUUUUUGAACAUCCAUAUUACUAUCUUCAAAAAUGUUUGCCGGCUUACAUGCAACAUCUUGACCUUUAUAUACUUUCUUGCAAAUGUAUGGCUCCUUUCUACCACGUGAUUGACAAUAUAAAGGAUCGAGCAACUCAUUUGGUGUUAUAUUUGUUACCUUGAAUUUCUCCACCUUAGAAGUUUCUAUUUGUUUCUUGAUAAUCAUGACUUCUUGGAUAACGGUGUUAAGUGUAUUAGUACUAUCAAUAAUAUUACCGUCAAUUUUUUCCAAAAACCUUGUCAUUUCUGCGAUAUCACGUUCAAGAGCUUUCUGGUCAAUUAUUCUCUGUUCUUCAUUAGCCACGGUCAUCGUAAAAUUCAAUUCGCGUAUUGCAACUUCAAACUCACUUAUAAGGCUGUCAAAUUUUUUUCUGAUCAUGUUUGCACUGAAGAAUCUUUUAUAACCUUGAAUGGUAGAUACUUCGCCU